AUGGAGACAGCGACACAUAUUAACGACCUCCUCAACGACAUCCUCGCUAAGAUACUAUGGCAUUGCGAGGAGUCAACACCUUGGAAACCCGAGAGUGACGCGUUAUGGUCUCGGCAUUCAUUGUCGCCGAAACCACGGUACCUUCGCUCGAUCGUCUUAGACAAAGAUCCCAGUCCUGAGGAGGAAGACUCGUAUCCAGUAUCGUACCCCUCCGCCAUUCCAACCGCUGCCAAGAUCUUCCUCGUGUCGUCGGUGUGCCGUCGUUGGCGCGAUGUAGCUCAGCGUAACAUCUCCACGCUGCUCGUCGAAAGAAAACAAGCCAUUUCCCUCCAACAACUCUCGAAUGCCGUCGCGUGCUUCCCGAACCUCACCCAUCUCCAUCUGUGCGACGACAGCGUGGAAACCCUAGACGACUCCUUCCUCGCUCACCUCGCAUCAUCCUGUCCUCAGCUCAAGAUUCUCCACGUGGGACGCGGGAUCACUCACCAUCCAGACUACGUCGGACCGAAGCAUAAGCACCCGAUCACCGAGGCUGGUCUGGAUCGCUUCUUCCAGCGAAGCGCUCAGCUGGAGCAGCUUUCACUGCUCUGCCUCCAUCGGGACGUCCACCUACCCGCUUCCUUCUUCCACCUCACGCGUCUUCACACCCUGUCUUUAACAGCCGCUUCCGCCUUAGAAGCUCUAGAUCUGGAGACCCUCGCUUCUCUCACCACUCUUCAUAUCGCCUCCCCAGAGUUGAACGAGGAGCAACUGGCCAACGUACGUCGUCUUCCCAGCAUCACCAGCGUUUCACUCUCUGCCGGGGCCACGUUUGAUGUCGAAUUGCUGUCGGAUUGGCCAUUGUCCAGUCUGGAACUGCUGCAGAUACCAGACUGUGGAGAAUUGGAGCAAUUUCCGGACAGCAUUGCGGAGUUGCUGCCGCGUCUGCGUGAGCUGACCGUUUCCAGGUGCGAGGCCUUGGAGGAGCUGCCGGAGGGUGUCUGUUCCCUGGAGCAUCUGGAGACCUUAUCAAUCAUCAAUUGCGAGCACUUCAGCUGCCUGCCUGAAAACAUUGGGAGUUUGACUGCCCUGAAAACCCUGGUUCUGGGUACUCUGCCGCUGGCUUUCCUCCCUGACUCCGUGUGCCAGCUCAGCUCGCUGGAGACCUUCUUCGUGCUCUCGUGCGACUCAAUCUGUGAGCUGCCAGCAGACUUCUGCUACCUCACGGCUCUCACGACUCUCUGCCUGGGGCACGUGGCACUUCCAGCGGACAUAGGACGCCUGAGAAACCUCCACACGCUGCUUCUGGGAGACAGCUACCAAUCUCGGCAUCUCCCAUCCUCGUUGUCGGAGAUCGCGUCGUUGACAAGGCUUGAGCUGAACCUGUGCGGCGUGGAGUUGCUGCCAGAGGGCGUGGGGUCGCUCAGCAACCUGCGGGAGCUGCACGUCUCGUGCUGCUAUCAGCUCACGGCCCUUCCAGAGUCCGUGACGGGCCUGACUGCCCUUGAAGCUCUCUCUCUCGCUGACUCCCCAUGUCUGGCCUCGGUGCCCACAAGGCUGGACGACUUGACACGGCUCAAGCAGCUGGAGGUUGCCCGAUGUGACAUGCUCAUACGGCCUCCUCUAGUCCUGCCGGCGUCCAUUGAAUUGCUGAGUUGGGGAAGUAUCUGGAGUCACGAGCAGGCCAUGGCUCUGCCAGACGUCUCCACGCUGACGGGGCUUCGGACGCUCCGUCUGAACGAGUUUUCUGUGGCGUGUGGGGUCGCUGUGAGCAGGAGCCUGUCGCACCUGGAGCAUUUGGAGCUGAAUUUGGCAGGCGUUGCAGAGGAGCUUCCAUUCCCCUUGACGUUCCUCUCCCGGCUGCGCACCCUGAUUAUUGACAGCGCGUGGAGUCUCCAAAGGCUGCCGGCUGACAUCGGGUCAGCACUGCCGCAGCUGCGGAAGCUGAAGCUGGUAAAUGCGCACGAGUUGAGGGAGCUGCCAGCGAGUGUGGCAGAACUUGAGAACCUCACGGUCUUGGUUUGCUACGCGCUCAAACUGGCUUCUCUGCCGCAUGCCAUCGGCGCUUUAUCCAGGCUGCGGGAGCUGCACCUGAUUGGCUGUGAGCAGCUUGAGCAGCUGCCUGCCUCUCUCACCCAGCUUGCCUGCCUGAACAAGCUGUCGAUUCUAAACAGCCCCAUCCGUUCCCUAUGUUCCAACGCUGCACAGUUCACGCGGCUCAGAUCCCUCGAUCUGUCAGGCUGUGUGCAGCUGGAGGCAUUGCCGGGGGAUUUGAGUGAGCUGAAGGCACUGCAGGAGCUGAAAUUGUUCAGGUGUGGGCUUGUGAAGGACACUGAUGGGUCUGUGCUCCCCAGGAGCAUCAAUGAAGUGUACGGGCUGAAAAUAUACAUUUCGAAGGCCCUCUGGCCAGCAACGGGACCUUCGGUUCUUUUCCCCCCUGGGGAACGGCCCUCUGGCCAGCAACGGGACCUUCGGUCCUUUUCCCCCCUGGGGAACGGCCCUCUGGCCAGCAACGGGACCCUCGGUCCCUUUCCCCCCUGGGGAACGGCCCUCUGGCCAGCAACGGGACCCCUUUCCCCCCUGGGGAACGGCCCUCUGGCCAGCAACGGGACCUUCGGUCCUUUUCCCCCCUGGGGAACGGCCCUCUGGCCAGCAACGGGACCCUCGGUCCCUUUCCCCCCUGGGGAACGGCCCUCUGGCCAGCAACGAGACCCUCAGUCCCUUUCCCCCCUGGGGAACGGCCCUCUGGCCAGCAACGGGACCCUCGGUCCCUUUCCCCCCUGGGGAACGGCCCUCUGGCCAGCAACGAGACCCUCAGUCCCUUUCCCCCCUGGGGAACGGCCCUCUGGCCAGCAACGGGACCCUCGGUCGCUUUCCCCCUUCAGGAACGGCCUUCUGGCCAGCAACGGGACCCUCGGUCCCUUUCCCCCCUGGGGAACGGCCCUCUGGCCAGCAACGGGACCCUCGGUCCCUUUCCCCCCUGGGGAACGGCCCUCUGGCCAGCAACUGGACCCUCGGUCCCUUUCCUCCCUGGGGAACGGCCCUCUGGCCAGCAACGGGACCCUCGGUCCCUUUUCCCCCUCGGGAACGGCCCUCUGGCCACAAACGGGACACUAA